CACGGCACAGUAAAUGUACAAAUACUAUUUACAUUUGAGUAAAGCACAUGGCCGCUACCACUGGUCCGGUCCAGAGAGGAAACCUUCGUCUGUCUCCUCUCACGACCCGUCCGCAGCGCGCUCCCAUAAUCCCCCGCGCCGGGACAAGAUGGAAGAAAGCAGCGGCCGCCGGAGAACAAUGUUUUGGCAAUAAACCCCCAAAAGCGGCGACCACGGCGACGAUACAGGCACGUUUGAAACCAACUGCGGUCAUGUGUAGGAUAUUCUCCUCCUGCAUUCCUCUUUAGAUCGAUUACCCGCCUUCUCCCCCUGCACAAAGCAAAACCACCAACAUGAGUAUUAUCCAAGACAAGUUAGGCAAUGAGUUUCUGCGCAACGGAGGCAUGGACCCCAAUUUUGCACCAGGUAUGCUUAUGUUCAGCCACCUGCCGCCAGUCACCAGCUUCACGCGGCUGUCGUCCCCGUCCGUCAUGGGCGACCUUCCCCAGGAGAUGAUCCUCAAGAAAGAGCGCGACUCGCCCCCAGACCACCAGGGUACCACCGCGGCGGCGAACACGGGGGGCUUCCUUCACAGCAUGGGCAUUAAGCAGGAGCGGCUAAGUGAGCUGGAUUACCGCAUGCCCCUCUACGGCGGGGGCGGAGGAGGAGGAGGAGGAGGAGGAGGAGGAGGAAUCGGGGUGAACUGUGCUGGAGGGGGCGCGGGGAAGAGUGGCGCCGACAUGCAAGAUAUGUCGUACGGCAACCACCACCAAAAUCACCAGAACAUGCUCCUGCACGACCUCAGCCUCAGCAACGUCCGUUCCCUCGGAGAACCGAUGCCUGUAAGACAAGGAAAAGAGCCAAAAGAGUCAUCAGGUAGACGAGGGCGGAGGAGCAACGGGGACGGACAGGGAGGCAAAGCUCGAAGGAAACGCAACGAUGCUGCAAAGGCCAUGAUGUUAGACGCAGAUGGAUCUUGUCUGUCCCCCAAUUCGAAACCACAUAUCUGUGAGCACUGUAAUGCAGCUUUCCGCAGCUCCUACCACCUGCGCCGCCAUGUCCUCAUACACACAGGUGAGAGGCCUUUCCGGUGCAGCCAGUGUAACAUGAGCUUCAUCCAGAAGUACCUGCUCCAGCGGCACGAGAAGAUCCACAGCGGGGAAAAGCCUUUCAGCUGUGACCAGUGUAACAUGCGCUUUAUCCAGAAGUAUCACAUGGAGCGGCACAAAAGGACUCACAGCGGCGAGAAGCCAUAUCGCUGCGAUACCUGCCAACAAUUUUUCUCAAGAACAGACCGGUUACUGAAGCACAAACGGACUUGUGGAGAAGCCAUAAAGAAGGGCCUAGACCCGAACAUGCUGGAGCUCAGCGAAGCAGAGCUAGGCCAGGGCAGCUAUUCACUCACUCAGGGAAACUCUACCACCUCCGGACGCAAGAGGGCCAAGUCCAAAAACGGCGAGGGGGGCGAGCGCAAGAGGAAGAAGAAUGCCUCCGUGGCAGCGGCCUCGUCUUCCGGGGGGAUGGCCCGGGACCUGGGCUUACAGGACUUCAGCAUGGAGCACCCCUCAGGCUCCGACCCCGCCAUGCAAGGACGUACUCCCAAAUUGGUCUUUAAAAAAGGUGGCCGCAAGGGGCUUGACAAGGGCCUCCUCGCUCUGGAAGAUGGCGCAGACGGACAAAAACUGCUGGGCCAGAAGCCCGGCUCCAUGGAUCACGUGGAGGGCGCCGGCCUCGAUAAUAUGGGCCUGCUCCACGGACCGGGGGGCAACAAGCAGGGGCCCGCCACCAGCAGCAGCAACUACGAUGAUGCAAUGCAGUUCGUCAAAAAGCGGCGCUAUCUCCACGCGGUCAACAACGACUACGGGGCCGGCUCACUGCACAUGACAUCCCAGGGCGGCAGUGUAAUCCAGGGCUCCCUGGGGCCCGAGCCAACGCUAGCCAUGCUGGACUCGUCGCCGCUGGAGCUCAAACACGACAAGUCGGGCAUUCCAGACGAGGUGCUGCAGAGCCUGUUGGAUCAUUACAGCCAUAAGGCGGAGGGGGCGCACCACCACGACGUGACGUUCGACCUGCCGGACCACGCGCACCACGUCGACCUCCAGCCCGCCGCCCCCGUCACCCCCGAGCUGGAGGACGACUCGGCCAGCGGCGGCGACAAGACGGCGGUGAUGAGCGAGUACUCGAAGUUCCUGCUGCAGGCCCUGGAACGCACCAGCCACAGCGGACCCUUCCCCAGCCUGGGCCCGCCGGGGCCCUUCCCCCUCCUGUCGAGCAGCUCCAGCCCGACGGGGCCCCUGUUCUCCGACAAACACGUGUAUUCCACCUCGCCUCUGGAUUGCGGCUACCCGCCCGCCGUCUCCUCCCCGCUGCCCAUCGCCGCUCCUCCCUCGUCGUCGUCCUCCUCGUCCUCCUCCAAGUCCCACUACGGCAUGCUCGUCGGCUCGCCCUCCCAGACGGCCUACCACCUCGGCCUGGAGCCCACGAGCCACCAGCAGCUGACCCCGUCUCAGGAGCUGACGGAGCAGCUGGAGAAGCAGCACUCCUCCCCCGGCACCUUCAACCUACCUCCCCAGGACCUCACCGCUCCAGCGGAGGGCUCCAAGGGGCAGCAGCAGCAGCAGCAGCCCAAGGCAGGAGGGAGCGCCGCGCCCGCCAACGGCUCCAGCUACCCCAGUCUGUCCCCACUGAACCCCCCGAAAGAAACAACGUACCAGAUCGAGAACUUCGCCCAGGCCUUCGGCUCCCAGUUCAAGUCGGGACGGCGGACCCCUCUGAGCUACGGCAGCGACCCCGGGGCGGAGGUCGACCACCGAAUACGGACUCCAGUGUCAGAAUUCUCAGGGUAUACCAGUUUGUUAGCUGACGUCAGUGAGCCAGUGAGUACAGGAUCAAAAACCCCGACAAGCCAAAGUUUCAGAUAAGGGUCAAAGCGAGGUGACUCCGGUAAGGGGCGCUGUUCUGUUACUGUCCUGUGCGGCCCCUGUACCCAUCCUGAUUUUGUUCUUGUAGCAAAGUUUUUCUUGUUUUUUUUUAAACACUGCCAUUAAAUGUUAAUACAUAAAUGACCAGGGAGGGUCUUACAUGGCCUCAAAAUGCAAUUUUUUUUAAAAAAAGAAAAAAAUUCUCAUUUUUAUUAUGUAGUUGCUUAAUUUUUUUUGUUAAAGAGUAGUGAUUUUGAUAUGAACGUACCGUAGAUUUAAAUGUAAUUUAAAAACAUUUAGAGGGUAGCUAAGAACUUGCUUGUUUUUUUUUUGUUUUUUUGUUUUUUUCCCCUCCUCCUUUUUCUGUACCCCCCCCCCCCUUUUUUUUUUUUUUUUUUAACCAAUCAUCACACCAUUGUAAAGUAAUAAUGAACAAUGCUGAUGAUUUUUCAAUAAUAAUAAUAACAUUUGUGGCAGGGAAAGGCCCAGAAUUCAAAUGGCAAAAAAAAAAAAAGGAAAAAAAGUAUAUAUUGUCUGUUACAAGAAACGUAUUAACUCAGGAAAAAUAGGCAAAAUUGUGUAAUAAGACUUUGUAUUAUGAGAUGCAAUUAGCACAGUUUUUUACAGGUGUACUUUGAGACUACAAAGAUUUUGUUUUUUUUAUUUACUUGUCAGAACAACAAAAUUACAAUACACGAUCAUACUUGGUUUCUACUGCGUGCAGCUUUGUCGAGAUUAUGGUACUGUUAUCAAUGUGAAGACGUCCACAAUUUUUAUUUUUUUUUAUUUUUCUUCUUUUACAUGACACAUUUACUGGCUGUUGCUUCAAUGAAUCCUGCAUAACCACGUACUCCUCGACUUCCUGCACCAGUUUGUGCCGCAGGCGGGAAAAAAAAAAGAAGAAAAAAAGACGCAGCUUAGGAAACAAACAAACAAACAAACAAACAAAAAAACUAAAAGAAUCCACCCGGCCGUCACGUUUUCAGGAUGCAAUUUAAAAUUUUUUUUUUUUUUUUUUGUCGUCACACAGUUGCUGAAGUGUCACCACUUUUCUUACUCCACGUACUCCUCGCUGUUCCUUUUUCUUUUUUUUUUUUGUGUCUGUCAAUGGAAUCAAACAAGCACUUUUUUUCAAACAAAUCAUCAUUGGAAACGACAAUAACCCAUCCAAUUUCUGCAUAUGUGAAACGUGAUUAUUAUGCUAAUGGUUAUUAAUAUUAUUUUAAGAGGAUAAAACUGUGAAUGGGAGGGAGGGUGGGACAAUGGGUGGGUUUGGAGGGGUGGGUGGGCUAUUCAGUGGGGUUUGAUAGGGGUUGACUAGGCAUGACCGUGGGCAUUUAAAUGUAUUUUGUUGCUUUUUCUCAAGGGUAGAAUAUCGGGGAGGGGAGGGGAGGGGAGGGGGUUCUUACGGUUGUUCGGGUGAUGUUGUAAAAAGAUGAUUUGCCAUAAUUUUGUUAUACAAUAUUUUGAGAGUACCUCUUUGUAUUUAAGUGUUUUUCGAGAGACGGGCUGACAUGCUGGAUCCCUUAUAUCUUUAAAACCCACGGGUGUUUUUUAAUUUUUUCCUCCCUCAACGCAUACCUUGAAACGUUUUUUUUUUUUUUUUAAUUUAUUCUCUUUAUAUCAGCCACACCACAAUGGUAGCAGGUUUUUUAUUAUUUUUAUUUUUAUUUCUUUAGGUAAGCAAUCACCGGACCUACACCCAAUCCGUGUCUUCUUUUGUUUCGUUUAGUUUAUGGCAAGAAAAUCGCUCCAGUAAAUAAAUACAGUUCAGAAACAGAAAAAAAAGGUUCUAUCCCCUCCCUGAAAUGCAGCCCUGCACUCGCAAGAAUAAACAAUGGCCUUCUUUGUCUUCCGUGGCUACAGCCAUUCUUUCCCCGGCAGCCAGGGUUUGAUAUUUAAUUUAGUUGAUUUCCUGUGAGCCGACCUGCCUCCCCACCUCCCAGUCCCCCAUCGCCGCCUCCUCCUUUUCCCCCUACGCCUGUGAGCUCCACAGCCAAGAGACUUUUUAAAGCUGCUCGGAUCGCAGGGAACAAAGACCGACUGACCAGCCACUAAACUCCAAACACACUAUGCUUUUAAAGAGAGAAACAAAAAGAGUGGGUGACAUGUAGAAAGAGAGAAGAAGAAAAAAAAAAAAGACAAAAAGAUUGACCUGAAUAUACCUCAUAUCACUAAAAAGCGCAAGAAAGCAGGGACACGCGUUUCAUGUAUGUAGUGGAAAUAUUUGUAGUAUAGGUUCGACAUAUUGUAUAAUCAUUUAACACUGCCUGUGUUUACAAUUAUAGAGCAAAUGACUCAUCAAAUGCAAAUGUAUUAUUUCUUUUCUUUUUUUUUUUGUUCUGUUUUUUGUAUAAAAACAACCACGCCAAGCAGUGUUGCAUUAUAGAUGCCUCAUAGAACAUUUUUCUCAUGUUAUAAUCCCUUAUUUUUGUUACUUGCCAUAAUGUGUUUUUGAUAUGAUCUCUAGAAGGAUACUGUUUACAAAAAUGUACAAAAAAAAAACACUAAAACUGUGUGUUUUAUUUUUUAUUUUUCAUUUCUUCGAGUUUUCCUCCAGUAUGCAUGAUAAAAGACAUUUUUGUACGGCUUUUUUUUUUUUUUUUUUUUGUCUUUCCUUCUUCCUCCUGAUUGUCACCUCAAUACCAAAUUUUGUAGCAGAAGCCACCCCGUUCCUUUGUCUUAUUUGUUCUAGACUCUCGUGAUAUGAUUUCCCCAGGCUGUACCUGUUAUUGAGAUGAUGAACGGAUUAGAGAAGCCAAUAAAACGUUUUUUUUUUUGUUACAAAAAUA